AUGAUGCACUCAACUCCCUUACUCUCUUCUUCUAAGUUUGCCUCAAGACAACUAAGAAUUUUGACUCGUACCUAUUCAGUCAACUUAACAAACAACAAAUUCAACAACAAAAUGCCACAUUUUAUGGAACCAUCAACCUCUCCACAAUAUCCAUAUUUCGAAACGAAGAGAACGAUAUCUUCCGCCGCUACAAAACUGAAAACAAAACCUAAACCAACCACCAAGAAAAAUCAUAAUAAUUUCUUACCCGCUGACCAGUUAACUUUAGCUGAACUAAAUGAUAACGUCUUAAAGGCUAAAUACGCCGUUAGAGGUGCCAUCCCCAUGAGAGCUGAAGAAUUGAAAAUUCAACUCCAAGAAGAUCCAUCUUCUUUACCAUUCGAUCACAUCGUGAAUGCAAACAUCGGGAACCCACAACAGCUUAAUCAAAAACCUUUAAGCUUUUAUAGACAAGUUUUAUCUUUAUUACAAUAUCCUGAAAUCUUAAAACAGGAUGAAUCAAAACUGGUCGCCUCCGGCCUCUUCAAAAAAGAUGCUCUGGAACGUGCUAAGACUCUAUUACACGAAAUUGGUGGUACUGUCGGUGCUUAUUCCGCUUCACAAGGUGUCUACGGUAUCAGGAAAACUGUCGCCAAUUUCAUUACCAAAAGAGAUAAUGGUGAACCUGCAUACCCAGAAGAUAUAUUCUUAACCGCUGGUGCAUCCGCCGCUGUAAUGUAUCUUUUAUCCAUCUUGUGUAAGGGACCAGAAACAGGUGUCUUGAUCCCAAUCCCACAAUACCCAUUAUAUACCGCUUCUUUAGCUUUGAAUAAUUCUCAUGCCCUACCAUACUAUUUGGAUGAGAAAUCUGGCUGGUCCACAAAUCCAAAGGAAAUUGAAGAAGUCGUAUUGGCCGCUAAGGAUAAGAAGAUAAGACCAUCCGUUUUAGUAGUCAUCAAUCCUGGUAACCCUACCGGUGCUGUCCUCUCUGAAAAAUCCAUUGAACACAUCUUUGAAAUCGCCGCUAAAUAUGGUAUUGUCGUCAUUGCUGAUGAAGUUUACCAAGAAAAUGUCUUCAAUGAAGUCAAAUUUCAUUCCAUGAAGAAGGUUUUAAGAAACUUACAAAAGAAACACCCUGGUGUUUACGACAUGGUUCAAUUGGCUUCAUUACAUUCCACUUCAAAGGGUGUCUCAGGUGAAUGUGGUCAAAGAGGUGGGUACAUGGAACUUACUGGGUUUACACAUGAGGUGAGAAGCGUCAUUUUGAAAUUGGCUUCGAUAUCCUUAUGUCCUGUCGUCACAGGUCAAGCUUUGGUAGAUUUAAUGGUCUCCCCACCAAAGAAGGGUGAUGAAUCAUUUGAACAAGAUCAAGCUGAAAGAAAACAUAUUAAGAGCGAACUUCAUACAAGAGCCAUGCAACUUUAUAAGAAUUUCAACACUUUGGAAGGUAUUGAAUGUCAGAAACCACAGGGGGCCAUGUAUCUAUUCCCAAGAUUGGAUCUACCCUUCAAAGCUGUCCAAAAGGCUCAACAUUUGGAAAUGUCUCCAGAUGAAUUCUAUUGUAAGUCUUUGUUGGAAGCCACUGGUAUCUGUACUGUUCCUGGGUCUGGGUUCGGUCAAGAACCUGGUACUUAUCAUUUAAGAACCACUUUCUUGGCUCCUGGUACUGAAUGGAUCGAAAAAUGGAAGAUCUUCCAUCAAGAUUUCUAUAACACUUACCGUGAUUGA